AUGAAAAAGCAAAGUAAAAUUGAUGCAAUUUUUAAGAGAAAAGUUUCUGAUAAUGUUGGAGUUCAAACAAGUCAACCCUCUAAUCUUAUUUCACAAGAAGUUCAAGUAAGUGAACUCUCUAAUCUUACUCAAAAUACACAUGAACAUGAAGCCAAAGUUCCAAGAUUAGAAAGAGAUGUUGAUAUCUCUUUACUAGAAAGGGAUCCAGGAAAGCGACGUCCAAUUUGGCAGUAUAAUGUCAAUGAACGUGACAAGAUUCGUAGAGCAUACAUAAUAGCUGGGCCAUACCAACCAACAAAUAUUAGCUAUCCAGCUUCUGGUAAUAACAAUCACCGUCGAUAUUUUCAAUCUUCUUGGUUUAAGAAAUUUCCAAGUUGGUUAGAAUAUUCACCAGAAAAAGAUGCUGCUUAUUGUUUGCCUUGCUACUUGUUUAGUAAACAUUAUGGUGUUCGCAAUGAUGGAAAAAAUGCAUUUUCAGAGUUAGGAUUUAGUAAUUGGAAGAAAGUAAACAAUGGAGUGAAUUGUGCAUUUGUAUGUCACGAGGGUUCUAUUCGUAAUUCUCCUCAUAAUUUAUGUGUGAAAUCUUGUGAUGAUUUAAUGGCUCAUUCUAAGCAUAUAGACAAAGUUCUUGAUAGGCAUAGUGAUGAAACUAUUGCAAAUAACCGAUUAAGGUUGAAGACAUCUAUUGAUGCUAUUCGAUGGCUUGCAUUUCAAGCAUGUGCAUUUAGAGGCGACGAUGAAAGUCCUGGAUCUUUGAAUAGGGGAAAUUUUAUUGAGUUAAUUAAGCUUUUAGCUUCAUGUAAUCAGAAUGUUAAUAAUGUUGUCCUUGAAAAUGCUCCUGAAAAUGCUCAAUAUAUAUCUCCCGGUGUUCAAAAAGAUAUAUUGCAUAUCUUUGCUAGAAAAGUGCGUGCAACAAUUCAAGAAGAAAUUGGUGAUUCUAAAUUUUGUAUAAUUAUUGAUGAAGUAAGAGAUGAGUCAAAGCGAGAACAAAUGGCUGUGGUUUUGAGAUUUGUAGACAAGCACGGUUGUGUUCAAGAAAGAUUUUUUGAUCUUAUACAUGUUUCUGAUACGUGUUCUUUGACAUUGAAAACAGAAAUUUCAUCAGUUCUUUCUCGUCAUAAUCUUGAUGUUCAAAAUCUUAGGGGACAAGGGUAUGAUGGAGCUAGUAAUAUGCGUGGUGAAUGGAAUGGAUUGCAAGCUCUAUUUUUGAAAGAUUGCCCUUUUGCUUAUUACAUUUAUUGUCUUGCUCAUCGAUUACAAUUAGCACUUGUUUCUGCAGUCAAAGAAGUUUGUUAUGUUCAUCAAUUCUUUUCAAAACUUACCCUAAUUGUGAAUGUUGUGACUGUUGCUCCUAAACGUCAUGAUCAGUAG